CAAAAAGUUACGCGCGCUCAAAGUCAAAGGGUAAUGAAUGUUCAUGUUUUCAGAAACCAAAGUUCACAUGAUUUAAAAAACUUACUUUCGGUAAAGUUUAAUCAGAGGAAUUUGGUUUAAAAUGGCACUGACAGAUCCGACUGACUGGCCAGGGUCGAUGCCCGAUCUUCGGACAAUCGACAAUCUGCUUCGAUGUUCCAUUUGCUUCGAGUAUCUCAAUAUAGCUAUGAUAAUUCCAGCCUGUUCUCAUAACUACUGCUCGCUGUGCAUCCGACGGUACUUGAAGUACAAGCGUCAAUGUCCAUCUUGUAACGUUGAAGUCAGCACCGCUCAGCUUUGUAACAACAGAACUCUGGAUGAACUAGUCCGAACAUUUGUUGCCAUCAGGCCUUACAUUCUUAAGAUGUGUAAAAAGGAACAGAACUCAAAACCACCUGAUGAAGAUGUAUCAUCAGAUGAUCAGGCAUUUGAGGACAAACCAACCCCAAAGUCAUCAACAACUCUAACGAGCCAUUUCACUGCUAUGAAAUCUUCCCGAAUCUUCGCACCCGCCAUCACCAAACAAACAAUCAAGUCUUCAAUCUCCUCGGACGACUUGAACCGAUCGAGUGAAGAAAACGUAAGCCCGAAGAGGAAACCACCAGGUACUCCGGGAAACCAGCCGAAUUGGAAGGUGAUUGAUUCACCGCUGGCCGGAGGGGACUUUGCCGGUGCGGUGGACGAAGAGAGUGCGGAGGAGAUGGGGCAGUCAGUUGCAUCUACGAGUAGCAGUCCAGCCACGGGUCAAUUGACGCCAGGGGGGAGCCGAGAUAAAGCUGUGUGCCCAGUGUGUGGAGUUCCUGUCACUGCCAAGUAUAUUAAUACUCAUCUAGACGCAUGCUUGAAUCGGACUGAGCAACCAAAAACCAGAACCCCAAAAAGGAAACCCAUCCCGCCGAUGCUAUGGAAACUUGUGCCCGAAAAAGACAUCCGGAAGAAACUCAAAGAGAACAAUUUAUCAACAAAAGGAAAGCGUUAUGACCUCGUUAAGAGGCUGGAUGAGUUCAUAUUGAUGUAUAACGCACAGUGUGAUUCAUCAAACCCAAAAUCUGGGUUGGAAAUUGCCAAAGAAGUUGAGCGCCUUGAACAAUUAAAAAGCCAGCCCAAAGAGCGGAAGGAAGUACUUGUACAUAAACUCAAGAUCAAGGAUGGUCUUACUGAAGAAGAGUUACAAACGUCUCAAAAAGAAUACAUGACAGCUCAUAAGAAUCAGUUUGGCAAACUCAUUGCUCAGGCGAGGGAGAGGAUGAAAAAAUCCAAGACCAAAAGUCAGAAAUCUGCAUCUCAGUCCAGUCAGGAUUCCUCUCCAGACACUAUGGGUACAGAGACGCUGUCGUCAUUGCCCCAAGAUGCUUCCCAAGACGUGGCAAACACCAAGGAGGAUGCUCCCUGCUCGGAUUUAAAUCCGAAGGAGGAUACCAAUGAUAAAGAUGAUGUUGUUAUUGAAGAGGAUAAUACUAACAAGGUCAGAAUCAUGGAUCUAGGUUUACCAUCUGUGUCGAAACGUAAAGAUGGGAAGAAAAAGAGAAAGAGAUUGGGGAAGUUGGUGUCGGAUGGGAGGAGCCGGGAGCAGGAGAUCCAAGACGGCGUCAGCCAAGAAUCGGACCUGGAGUUAUCAGAGAGGAGUCAGAAGCUUAAGCCAGGUUUAUUGGCUGCUUUAUCUGGGUUGGAUGUUCAGGAAUCAGAAGGUGAAGUCCUCGCUCCGUCCUCGCCCAGUUUGGCAUCAAGGGAUGGGCUGGAGGAUACCACCCAGCAACUAGGAACCCCAUCAGAGAACUGCAGUAAAAAAAGACUCAGCUCAAGAACUGAUCCUGCGCAAGAUAUGCAAGAUCCACUCUGUAUUCCAGAAAGUCCACAGGCUGUGGUUGUGCAUAAGAGGCGACGUAAACGCAAGCAGCAAGAUGGUGGCAGUAAUGCCAGUGACAGUGGCAGCUCAUUUGGAGACAGUGAGACAUUAAGACGAAGCAAAAGAGACAGAAAAACAACCAAGUAGUCUCACUUGGAAGAAACACUUUAAGACCUAACUUGAGAUUAAGGAAAAAUAAAUUUAACAGCAAGAAGUUUUAUAGUUUUAAAAUAAACGGUUCACUAGUUCCCUUCAUUCAAAGUGCUACCUGUAAUUUAAAGGAAGAGCAAGUGAAUACUCCUAAAAAUAAUGGCCUUAAAAACAAAUGACUUAGUGAGAAGGACCUUAGCUGUUGAAAGUCUCAGGGCUUGAGCCUAAGAUCUUUUAAUGUAUCGAAAAUGUUUUAAAGAGACCUUAAUCAAUACCAAAAUAAGAAAGUAUCUUUCGAUACUUAUCAGACCCGAAGUCAACAUUGAACAUCAAACUGCUGUUUUUGAGUCUGCAUACUAUUUUAUAGGUCAACUUCUGCAUUCGUACAGAAUUGUCAUUAUGCAUUUUACUCUUGCAAUUAUUUGAAUGAGAAAUUACAUGCUAUACGAAUACGUCACAACAUGAAAACAAAUAAACAAGUUUUGCCCGCUAAGCGCAGCGUAAAAAAUGCAUAUUACAAUAGUUCACCUCUAAAAAUACAAUCGAGGUGUGUUAUUAAACACAUAUUGACUGGCAUAAUUCAGUAACUAGUGUACGUCUAUUCCCCCUCGGGCCUGUGAGUGAUCAGAAGAGGGACCUUUAUCCCUUGGCCUUCGACUUCGGCCUCGGGAAAUAGGUCCCUACUCAGCUGGUUAUUCAAAGCCCCUCUGGGGAAUAGGCGUACACAAGUUAGUUGCCUCACAGCUGUCAAUAUACAUUCCUGAAUGUGGCUGAAAAUACUUACCUAGUAAUGAUUUUGUUAUUGUUAAUAAUUCGUCCAAAGCAUAUUUGUUAAAUGUGUGAUUUUUUUUACAGAUAGCCAACUUUUUGUGGGACCAGCGACGAUUCAGUGAAUUAAACAAACGAUUCUUUGAACUCAAUUCAGUGAUGUAUUUAGAUUUUUAUUCAGAAAACCUAAAUUUGUUAAACACCAUUACAAGGGCAAUUACAAUAUCUAAAUUUUUUUAUUUUUUUUAUUUUUACAUUAUAUACAAAUAUACAAAAUGACUUUAUCAGACCAAAUUUCCAAGACAAGAUUUCACAAAACUCAGUGUAUCUAAAGGGCUUUGCUUUAUGGAACCAUUUGAUUGUGGACACUAUUGGUAAUUACUCAAAAUAAUUAUUAGCAUAAAACCUUACUUGGUAACGAGUAAUGGGGAGCUG